CCUCUCAGGCUCCUCUUUUGCUCCAUGGAUGGAAUAUACAUAUGCUCCCCUGGGAGCAUAUCUGUUUUCUUGUUGACGAAAUUCCUUGUACUUUCUCGUUUACCCUAAUUUUCCAAGGAAAAAAAAAUGUCUCUCUGAGCUCAAAUUCGACCUCUAGGGUUUUCCAUUAUGCGACAUUACGUUCAUUAAAGCUUUAUCCUCAAAGCCUUAAGAAUUCCUGUUGCUUUCCUGCAUCAACCAUGAUGCUUUUUUGAACUUUAGGGUUUUGGCUUUCUUUCCCGCUCCAUUUUUGAAUCUUACUUUUCAUGCUUUAGGGAUCGCCAUUGCUGCAAUUCUAUCCUCUUUGAAGCUUCUUCGAGUUUUUGGGAUCUUCAUUGUUGUUGAUUUCUUUGUACUUCAAGCUUAUUCAGGCUCUGUAUUGGAAAGAAGCACAUCGGGAGUCUCAUUUGUUCAGUAAAAAUGGACGAAGUGCAUGGAGAUUCCUUCGCUGCAAAGAGGAUGAGGAAGCUUGUUCAUCGUCGCUCGGUUGAUUAUACAAGCACUGUUGUGCGACAUAUGCAGGUUCGCAUGUGGCAACGUGAUGCAAAGGAUAGAACAGAAUUGCAACCGACCCCAGCUGCAGCAAUUGAUAUGUUGCCGACUAUAGCAUAUGCUCACAAUCCAUCUACAAGCUUUGCUACGAAAUUUGUCCAUGCCUCUACUAAUAAGAAUCGGUGUUCAAUCAACCGAGUUCUGUGGGUUCCCACAGGGCGAAGACUUAUCACAGGCUCUCAAAGUGGGGAAUUCACUCUUUGGAAUGGACAAUCAUUUAAUUUUGAAAUGAUUCUUCAGGCUCAUGAUAACGCAAUAAGGUCUAUGGUCUGGAGCCAUAACGAGAACUGGAUGGUCACGGGUGAUGAUGGUGGCUCGAUCAAGUACUGGCAAACCAACAUGAAUAAUGUGAAGGCUAAUAAAUCUGCACACAAAGAAUCCGUUCGUGACUUGAGUUUCUCAAGGACAGACCUGAAGUUUUGCUCUUGCUCUGACGAUGGUACUGUUAAAGUAUGGGACUUUGCUCGAUGCCAAGAAGAGCGGACACUAGCUGGUCACUUAUGGGAUGUAAAGAGUGUUGACUGGCACCCUACAAAAUCUCUGCUUGUUUCAGGUGGCAAGGAAAGCCUUGUAAAACUUUGGGAUGCAAAAUCGGGGAAAGAACUUUGUUCAUUACAUGGUCACAAGAAUUGGGUACUUUGUGUUAAAUGGAAUCAAAAUGGUAAUUGGGUGCUCACUUCUUCAAAAGAUCAGAUCAUUAAGCUUUAUGAUAUACGAACCAUGAAGGAGCUUGAAUCUUAUCGUGGACAUCGCAAGGAUGUAACUGCUUUGGCGUGGCAUCCAUUCCAUGAAGAGUAUUUCGUGAGCGGGAGUUACGAUGGAUCCAUCUUUCACUGGCUUGUUGGGCAUGAAAUACCUCAGGCUGAAGUGAAUAGCGCCCAUGAAAACAGUGUGUGGGACCUUGCCUGGCAUCCUAUUGGCUAUAUCCUUUGCAGUGGCAGCAAUGACCACACAACAAGGUUUUGGUGUAGAAACCGACCAGGAGAUACUUCUCGUGAGAAACAUAUUGCUGGCUACAAUCAAGGUCCCGUUGAUGCUGCUGCUUUCGUGGGCCGCCCAUCAAGCAAUUUCCCACUACCAGAAGCCCCACCCACUCCUGGAGCUUUCCCACCUGGAUUGACACGCAAUGAAGGAACCAUACCAGGUGUUGGGGUAGCAAUGCCUCUAUCUAUUCCUACUCUGGAUUCAUCGGAACAAGGAGAACAAAGGCCACUUCUCCAAGUUCCAAUGUCUAUGGGUCAACCUCCUCUCCCUUCAGCACCCCAUCCUUCUCUCUUGGCAUCCACACAAUACCACCAAAUACCGCAGCAAGUUGGAGCUCCCCAAAUGAUCUCUCUCCCCCUAACCCCUCCUUUGCCGCCAGUGCCACAUCCUUCCCAGUUGUCCAUGCCUCAACAUCCGCAUAUUCCCCGACCCCCUCUCCCACCUGGUUUGCCCCCUUUGCUCUCAUCAUCUUCAUUGCCUAUGCCCCCUCUUCUCUCAUCAAUGCCACCUCUCACUUCGUCCUUUCCCAUGGGCUCAAUGCCAAAUCCCUUACCUGUCACUGCAUUGCCUUCUGACUCUAUACUACAAAGACCAGGUGCUCCUUUGCCUCAGACACCAGUUUUGGGCUCGCCUCAUUAUCAACCGAUGUAUGCCAUGCAAGGCCAGCCGCCCAUGAAUGUGAUGCAUAGUGGGAGUGUCUCAAGUGGUAAUGUUCAACCUAUGAUGGGUGGGUUUGCAAAUGGAGUGACGGGUCUGCAAGGCCCAAGUACAAGUGGAGCCGCAACAUAUGCUAUGGGGGGUGUGUUUAAUCGGCCACCAGUUGGACAACUUGCGCCAAUUCCGGGCCUCAAUGCUUACCAGGCUGGAGCACCUAUGAUGGAUGCUCGAGCACCAGGUGCGGCUCUCGGUCCGAAUGUUGGCAUGGGUCCAGGCCUUCCUCCACAUUCACAUGGAUCAACAUCCUAAGCUCGAGUAUUAGCUAUCUAAGCAUCUCAUUAUCCACCUUAAUCCUCUAGUUUUUCGGAGAGGUUUGAAGGAGUGGGCAGAAAGAGAAAUAUGAAAGAGAAGGAUGAUGAUAAUACUAAAGGAGAAAAUUUAGGGAGUUUUAAGGGCUUUGUAUUUUUCCAUCACUUAUGCUACGGGCUUAUCUUUGUUAGGGUAUUUAGAGCUUACUGCGGAUGUGUUUCUUCUGUGGAUGAGGUUAUGUGGGUAGGUCAGAAAUGUAGAAACUUUCGUAUUUGUUUCGGUGAAUCCUUGGGUUUUUCUCUUGCCGUCAGUAUCUGCCAACAAAGUGAUUUAUGUCGGUGAAUCUUGAUGGGAAAUUUGUGUGAGGUGUUGCAGGAUGUUUUCAGAAUUUUGGUUUGAUCAGGAAAUUUUCAGGAAAAAUCCUGGGAAUUCCUCUGAAUGCUUGUUUCUUUGUGGUUUUUACUUGUUUUUUUAUUUUUUCUUGAAUAUAUGAAAGACAUUUUUCUUA